CCUUCUUAUUGGAGGCAUCUUUUCUUUUCGCACAGGGCAGGAUUAUGUAGCUAAUACAUUUCAGACAAUUCCAGAAGUACGAAAAUGCAACAAGUAUGUAGUGAUAGGUCUAUAUAUUUUAAAUGGCUUAUGUGUUUGUACUGCAUUUGAGACAGUAACAUAAAUAUAAUAUUAUUUCAUUCUGUCUUUCACCACCACAGCUUCAAUUAUAGAGAAUUUAAAUUUGCUCAAGCAAUGAUAUUUGCUAUAAAUGAGAUCAACAAAAAUCCUGAUAUGCUCCCUAAUGUUAAACUUGGCUACAAGAUCUAUGAUAACUGUGGAACAAUGGACAUACUGAGAGCUGCAUUGGCAAUGGUAAGUGGACUAAAGGGACACGUCAGUGACAACAACUGCACUAAAACUGGGACAGUGCAAGCUAUCUUGGGACAUUCAGGAUCAAGACCAACUAUCGCAUUUGCACAAGUUGUUGGAAGGUUUCAGAUACCUGUGAUCAGCCAUUUUGCCACAUGUGCCUGUCUGAGCGACAGGAAAGAGUAUCCCACUUUUUUCAGAACUAUUCCCAGUGACUACUACCAGAGCAGAGCACUGGCAAAGCUGGUCAAGCACUUCGGUUGGACCUGGAUUGGGGCUUUAGCUGUGGAUAACGAAUAUGGCCUCAAUGGCAUAGCUGCGUUUAUCCAAGCAGCACAAGAAUAUGGAGUCUGCAUUGAGUAUUUUGAAGCAUUUUCAUCAUCGGAUCCACCUCAUAGCCUGCAGAGAAUAAUAGAGAUUAUUAAACGUGGCACUUCCAAAGUGAUUAUGGCUUUUAUGUCUCACAGAGAAAUCAAAUUGCUGGCAAAUGAGCUGUACAAACAGAACAUUACAGGACUGCAGUGGGUUGGCAGUGAUGCCUGGAUCACAGAUCACUCUCUGACUGACAGUGAGGGACACAUCAUCCUGGUGGGCUCCCUGGGCUUCACUGUCAGCAAAGCCAAAAUGCCAGGGCUGGAGGAGCACCUGAGGCAGCUCCAUCCCUCACAAUUUCCUGACAGUCGGUUUGUAAGAGAUUUCUGGGAAGACAUGUUUGACUGCUCUCUGAAUGACACUGCAAACACACAAAGAAAGCCAUGCAGCGCCUCUGAGAGCUUGCAGAAUGAUAAAUCACAGUUUACUGAUGUGGCUGAGCUGAGAUUCACUAAUAACGUUUACAAGUCGGUUUACGCAGUGGCUCAUGCUCUUGACAACCUGAUUAAAUGUGAGGAGGGUAAAGGGCUCUUUUCAAAUGGGAGCUGUGCUGAUACCAAACACAUUCAACCAUGGCAGGUCUUGCGCUAUCUUAACACUGUGAAUUUUACCACCAAGGAAGGGGAAAAAGUUUAUUUUGACAGUAAUGGCGACUCACCAGCAAGAUAUGAACUUGUUAAUUUACAAAUAACAAACAAAGGAACCAUGGAAGGAGCAACAGUUGGCAUUUAUGAUGCUUCUCUUCCAGAGAGUCAUCAGUUUAUCAUGAAUAACAUCCCAGUUGUCUGGGGAAGAUGGCUGACAGAGGGAGUAUCUGUGUCAGUGUGCAGUGACAGCUGUAUCCCAGGAACUCGUAAGGUCCUCCAGAAAGGAAAGCCAGUCUGCUGUUAUGAUUGCAUACCCUGUCCAGCAGGCGAGAUCAGUAAUUUAACAGAUUCAAUACACUGUAUGAAGUGCCCAUCUGCAUACUGGUCCAAUGAACAGAAAGAUGCCUGUGUCCCCAAAGCAAUAGAAUUCUUGGCAUAUGAUGAAAUCUUGGGAACAUUGUUAGUCUUAUUUUCUCUGCUGGGAGUUUUUCUAACUAUGAUCACAACAUUAAUCUUCUACUGCCACAAAGAAACCCCACUAGUACGAGCCAACAACUCUGAGCUGAGCUUCCUCCUGCUCUUCUCAUUGACUCUGUGUUUCCUGUGUUCUCUGACCUUCAUCGGCCGGCCCUCUGAGUGGUCCUGCAUGCUGCGACACACCGCAUUUGGCAUCACCUUUGUCCUCUGUAUCUCCUGUGUACUGGGGAAAACAAUAGUGGUGUUAAUGGCCUUCAGAGCCACACUCCCAGGCAGUAAUAUGAUGAAAUGGUUUGGGCCUGCACAGCAGAGACUCAGUGUUCUGGGUUUCACUCUUAUACAGGUUGUAAUUUGCAUUCUUUGGCUCACAAUCAACCCUCCUUUUCCUUCCAUGAAUUUUUUGCACUAUAAGGACAGAAUUAUCUAUGAGUGUAAUCUGGGCUCAACUGUAGGCUUUUGGAGUAUACUUGGAUACAUAGGAAUUCUGGCCAUAUUAUCUUUUAUUAUUGCUUUUCUGGCUCGGAAACUGCCUGAUAAUUUUAAUGAAGCCAAAUUUAUCACCUUUAGCAUGCUGAUAUUCUGUGCAGUAUGGAUCACCUUCAUCCCAGCGUACAUCAGCUCUCCUGGGAAGUUCACUGUAGCUGUGGAGAUAUUUGCUAUUCUGGCAUCCAGUUAUGGGCUACUUUUCUGCAUUUUUCUACCAAAAUGUUAUAUAAUUUUGUUUAGGCCAGAGCAGAAUACUAAGAAACACAUAAUGGGGAAGACAUCUAGUUAUGAAAUACAUCAUUAACCAUUGUUUAAAUCACUUUGACAAUCACACUAUUUUGUCUCUUUUGCUGUAGUGAUAGCAUUCCUUAAUGCAUUCUAAUUUGUUUCAGUGAAAGAAUCUUAUAAUUAUAUUCAAGCCUGUUCUUGUUCUUGUUGUUUUUACACAUUAUCCACACCCCUCCACAACUAAGCACACAGAACAUUGUCCAUAUACACCACUUCUGAUAUAAUAAAUAAGCAAUGUAAAAAAUAUUUCCCCACCUCAUGAAAUAAGCCUCCAACAUUGGUAAACUACUGGCACCAACAGCAACACUAUAUAAUCAUAUUGUCAUUGCAUUUAGUAAUAGUUGCACUAACUUGGCAAGGUGUGAUACACUAAAAGAAAGAAGAAAAAAAUGACUGCAGUCUCAAUAGGAUUUUUUUGGUUAUUCCAUUCCAGGUCAGGUACAGAGGUAGCGGCCUACAACUGCCGACUGGUCCAUGACAGGCCCGUGAUUAUCUGAAUGAAGUUAAUGGAUAUAUGGGGGCUGCAUUCUGAGUGGCUGGUACUGUAUAGACAGAUGAAAAGGUGGGCACUGUACAGAACAUGUUGCCCUAAGGUAUUGAAAUGUGGUUAGAAUGGGGAUAGCUAUUGGUUUGAGUGCAAAAUUGACCAUAAUCCAAUGCCACUUAAUUGUAGCCAAGACUGGCUACAAAUGUGUCAAAGCAUAUGACCACAGUUUAGAACAAAUGUUUCUGAAGUAUUAUGUAACAACUGUGUAAUUCAGAAACUUUAUGAUAGGUUCAAUGAGGCCUGCAACAAAGCCCCAGAAUCCCCCUGACGUUUAUUACAAAACAAUGCACUGAAACUGAUACUCAAAGUUCAAUACAAUGAUGCAAUGCAACAGAAGUAAAGGUUACACAAGUGCAUAGACAAAAACAACACAGAAGAAAAACAGCUGAAGAAAAAUAAGUCCCCAUCUGUUGUGAGCAUCACUUCAUUACCCAGUGGCUUGCCUCUAGGGUGGGAAGCUGCACCAGGGCCCCAAAACACAAACACAAGGGAUUAAACAUUGGUGAUUUCUUCAUCCUUUAACACAACAAGAAGAACAACAGGUGGCAUAUUGCUUCAAUAUUAAUUAACACCUUUGUCACAACAUGUAAAUGUUACAUUCAAAUCAAUUAGGGGUUUGUUUUGAUCUCUCUGUCACUUCCUAACUUGUUAUUGUUUUUUUGUAUCUCUCUUUUUUCUCUCUCUUACAUCAUGUUUGCUGUACUCUGCCAUUCAAUGAUCUAAAUUUAAUGUUGUUUUUAUUUUUUAAAUUUCAAACUUUGUAAUAAAAUUAUAUGUAGCUAUC